AAGUUGCAACCCUCACAGCCAGAAGGCGUUUAGUACAGUUGCUGCUUACAGGCUAAUUUGUGCUCAAUAGUGCAAUUUAGACUUUAAUUUAAAGUCCAACCAGUCUGAUAAAAUGAGCCAAAGAGGGAACAACCACCGCGACGAGCGCCCGCAAGGAACUAGCCAUCAGGAGGGCCUUUUCUGCGAUGCAGAAGUAGCUCCACAAGAUCAGGGCCCAGCCCCCCGUCAACGAGACCAAUCUACGCAAGUUGGCGGAGACAAGGAGCCCGUCGCUGCAUUUCGCGAAGAAUUCAAAAAAAUUUUGAAGGAUAUCAGACAGCAGCAUCAGAUCGAGGAUGAAUACCUCUCCGGAUUAAAGGAAAGACUUGGCGCACAGGUGGCAGAGCUGUUGGAGGAGUUUGUAAACAGUGUGACAGAGCGCUUGAUGGAGAAAAGAAGAACAGCCUUGAAGAUCAUAUUGGAGACCAAGGAUGCCCUGCAGAGAGUCGAGGAUGCCAAGCAGAGAAUCGCCGAACUGGACAAGGUGCUAGAGAACGCCAGGAACGUACUGCGUGAAUGAGAAAUGUAUUAUGCUGUGAAACAAAAGCAAACUGCACAAUAAAUCCUUUCUCUUUAUUGUACGCUGGAGAGGUGUGCAUGGUCAUGCACGCAGUGUUCAUUUUACUUAUUGUCUCUCUAUACAGUCGCACCCGGAUAUAUCGAGCCUGAAGGCGAUUACAAAAAGUUCGAUAUCUAGGUAGUUUAAUAAAUAAAA